AUCGCCUCACUCUAGAAACUAGAAUCUGGUUUCAUCGCACUCGAGUUCACUUUCCAUCCGAUCCGACCACGGCCUUAUCUCCUGUUCACGGCCUGAUCGCAUUUGCCUCGCAACAAGCACAGCAGCUCGCGUGACCAGAAUCUUACUUGGAGGAUCAGCUCUAUCGAGUGUUUUAUUUGCGCGAUGGGAAGACUCAAUCUCGGUUUUACGCGCUGAUCACAGGACUGUCAGCGGCGAAUACCCUCUUGGUUCUCGCACUGGUAGAUUGAAGUUCAAUCCCAGAGGUGUUUUCAGAGAAUUCUAAAAAAGCAGGUGCCUUUUUUUUUCCAUUCUCAAAAAACACCUACAUUAACUGCCGAGGCCUGCGCUCUUUGAUCGUUGCCUUCCUCGCGGGCGAGUCUCACAGUCGAGUCUCAUGUGGCCGCUCGAAUGACCCUGUAUCCACGAAUUAGUCUACAAUGAGUCACUGCUGGUGCAAGUGCGAGGCGGGCGUGGGGCAGUGCGGCCCCAAGGUGCCCAAGCUCAAGACGCUCUUCAACGCGCACAAGAACCUGGACGACGCGUCGCUGAGACGCGGUGACUGGGAGGCGGAGCUGCACGUCAUCUGGGAGGAGAUAGGGGAGGACAAGGUGACUCGCUCAGAGGAGCUACGAUUGGCCGUUGCAGAUGCCGUGGAUAAGGCCUACGAGAAGGCAGUGCAGGAAGCUGUAGGCCAGCGCACAGCACUGGAGGAGGGCGUGAGCGAAGCAGAGAGGCAGCUUUUUGCCGCACUGGGACCCGAUGCGGAGUGCAUGGUCGCCCCCCAUGCGCUGCCCCUGCAAGAGAGGCUGGACGUCAACCUCUCUCACCUGCACCAGCUCGACUCC